CGUUUUUCUUUUACUUAUUUAUAUAUUUAUUUCUCAAAAUUGAAUUCCCCUAGCCUUUGUCUUCCUAUAAAUAUGUGUUGAACACGAAGCAGAGUCAGGCUUGAAGCGGCAACAGCUUAAGUCCAAUCCUUCAGGAACAAUAUUCCUUCCUUUUAACCCCUUUACCCCACCUUCAAAAUCCUAAACUCCAACUCUGAUUUCCCCUAACUCACAACAAAACCAGAGCCAGUUCCCAUGGCGGCGUCGAUCGACUCCAAAACCCCCAUCAAAUUCCUCUGUAGUUACGGCGGCAAGCUCGUCCCCCGUUAUCCCGACGGCAAACUUCGCUACCAGGGCGGCCAAACCCGCGUCCUCGCCGUCCACCGCUCCGUCUCCUUCCCCGAGCUAUUGACCAAGUUGAGGGAGUUCUGUGGGGGCGCUAUGGUGAGCUUGCGUUGUCAGUUGCCGCCGGAAGCAGAUCUCGACGACGCGCUUGUGUCAAUCGUCUCCGACGAGGAUCUGGCCAAUCUGAUAGAGGAAUACGAUCGAUCCCCUGUUUCGUCGUCGUCGCUGAAAAUCAGAGCAUUCCUUUCGCCGCCGUCGAAGAAACAAUCGCCUGCCCCGUCGUCCACCACUUCGUCUUCUUCGUCCAGCUCCUCGUCCUCGUCGUGGUCGUCAUCUAAUACUUUCGCGGCCACGAUCGACUCUCCCAGGUGCUACCGCCGGCAGAUCCCGAGGGCGCCGGCGACCAAUCCGACGAGGAAGUUCCCUCCUCCUCCUCAUCACUACGGCGGCCACGUUUAUCUCAAUCUCGUCCACAACGGGAAUCAUUGGCAAUAACGGUGUGUGGUUUAGGGACUAGUUUGGAUUAAAAAGAAAGUUAGUGGGGGAAGGCGUAUAUAUAGAGAUAAGGAAGUGGGGAAGGUGGAGUGGAGGGGAUGAUACACGAUGUAAUUGUGGGAGUGCAAAUUUUAAAUGAAUUAUCAGUCCGUCCGUCCAAAUCUCCGGCUCCGGCGGUAUUUUGCUUCCCAAAGUUCGUUAGCGUUAGCCCCACAACAAACUUUCGGUCGCGUCCCGUCCACAGUUCCGUUAUCCUCCGUGUUCUUUUCUGAAGCGCUGACGUAGAGCUGAAGAGGCGAGGAGUUCCGGCUUGGAGAUAAUUGUGAUUAUGAGCUAGUUUGGCCUGUUAUAGUUUUACAAAAACAACUUUUGCUGUAGUAUAAACUUGGGAAUGUUUUUUGGAGGCUUAGGAUAGGAUCAGUAACUAUUGAUUACUGACGUAUGAGUAACUAAAUCUGAACCUUUAGAUCUAAGUGAGUCUAGAAAAUUCAGAUAUAAGAAUUGUCAAUUAAAGACAUUUUAUUUUU